CUUGCGAAGCGUAGCAACUCGUUCGGCUGCGACAUUUUUUUCCCCCUGACGACCGUGCGGGUAUUCCCGGAAACUUUGCAAAAUAACGCGACGCAAAAGGAUGAUACACUCCGGGCGGACCAGGCUCGAGAAAAAAGUAAGUCGCGUGGGCGUAGAAAGAGGGGGCCAUGUCGGGCAAGGGGUGCAACCGGUCGAGGAGUCCGGUGCAAGCGGUCAGUGGUGGAGGCAACAACAUCCAUCGUAUCAUCAUCAUCAUCAUCACCAACACCAUCACCAUUAUCACCAUCAGGCCGGUUAUUACAUUUCUCAAUCGCACACUCACAACAAUCCUGUCACUACCAUGAAGCAGUCUUACAUGCAGCUAACAUGGGUGUUUCAUGACGACGAGGCGCAGAUUAAUAAGAAACUGCCAAAAGAAUUGUUGCUUAGAAUUCUCUCGUAUCUGGACGUGGUGUCGCUAUGCCGGUGCGCGCAAGUCAGCAAAGCCUGGAACGUGUUGGCGCUAGACGGAUCCAAUUGGCAGAGAAUCGAUCUCUUCGAUUUUCAACGAGACGUGGAGGGACCAGUUAUAGAGAAUAUAUCGAGACGAUGCGGCGGCUUCCUGAGGCAGCUGUCCCUCAGGGGAUGCCAGAGCAUCGGGAAUAAUUCCAUGCACACGUUGGCUCAGGCCUGUCCCAACAUCGAGGAGCUGAAUCUGAGCCAGUGCAAAAAGAUCUCAGACGCCACCUGCGCGGCGCUCAGCAGCUGCUGCCCGAAACUCCAACGACUGAACUUGGACUCCUGCCCCGAGAUAACGGACAUCUCCCUGAAGGAUAUCUCGGACGGAUGUCCUCUCCUCACUCACAUCAACCUGUCCUGGUGCGAGUUACUUACCGACAACGGAGUCGAGGCGCUCGCGAGAGGCUGCCCGGAACUUCGGAGCUUUCUGUGCAAAGGCUGCCGUCAGCUGACGGACAGGGCCGUCAAAUGUCUGGCUAUUUACUGCCCCAAUUUGGAGGCGAUCAAUCUACACGAAUGCAGGAAUAUAACAGACGACGCGGUCAGAGAACUCAGCGAACAGUGUCCACGGCUGCACUACGUUUGCCUGUCGAAUUGCCCCAAUCUAACGGACUCGUCCCUGGUCACGCUGGCGCAACAUUGUCCACUCCUCAGCGUCCUCGAGUGCGUUGCCUGCACACACUUCACCGACGCGGGCUUUCAGGCUCUCGCGAAAAAUUGCAGACUACUCGAGAAGAUGGACUUGGAAGAGUGCCUUUUAAUAACAGACGCCACCCUCAUUCAUCUGGCCAUGGGCUGUCCCAGAUUGGAGAAACUGAGUCUGUCGCACUGCGAACUGAUCACCGACGAAGGCAUCCGACAGUUGGCUCUCUCGCCAUGUGCGGCGGAACAUCUGGCGGUGCUGGAACUGGAUAACUGCCCCCUCAUCACGGAUGCCAGCCUCGAUCACCUUUUACAGGCCUGCCACAAUCUCGAGCGCAUUGAGCUGUACGACUGUCAACUGAUCACCAGAGCUGGCAUACGUAGACUCAGAACGCAUUUGCCCAACAUCAAGGUCCAUGCAUACUUCGCGCCCGUGACACCGCCGCCAAGCGCGGGUGUGUCUCGGCAACGAUACUGCCGGUGCUGCGUCGUUCUGUGAUUCCGCAUUCAAGUGACUCUGAUGUAAAUCGUCCGACGUACCACGCUAACGGUGGACAUUGUUUCGGUGAUCGCCGCGCUGUCGCGGGCGAUCGUGGGACCCCUCUUCUCUUCUCUGGUUCGCCAGGCGGCGACACCACGGCUGGCCGCCUGCGUCGUCGACAGUGAGGAGAACGAGCCCUCGUCGUGAAUAAUCGCGAAUCCUUCGAGAAAUACGUUCGAGCUGCACACGCAAAAUGUGUACAGUACGCGUUACCGUCACCUUACAUACACACAGACACACACAGCCUCAGCCGCUACUGCAAUCAACUACUAUUAUCGCUGCUACUCUACCACUAGCCCAGUACCUAUAUUCGCCGCUGUUGAACACUGUUUUCGCGGUUGCGUUUGUCGUUUCUACUCGGAGAACCUAUCCGUUGUUAUCGACGGCGCAAACGAUUUACGCGGCGCCGUCGUCCAUUGUUCGCGCGACGCGGCGGAGGUUCCGCCGAAAGGAAAGAAACUCCCGGCGAUCGCUGGUGAUCGUUUCUGUCUCUCCACUCGUUACAACCGACACGCCGACGACGACGAACACGCGCAUAGCCGAGCCGUCGUGCGCGCAUCCCGUCGAUCGGACGCCCGUAUUUCUCGCGGUUGGAUGUUCCACGUGAAACGAAAACAAAGGGGGAAAAAAAAAAAGAUAAGCAUAUGUAUAUACAUAUAUAUAUAUAUAUUUUUUUAGUACGACGCAUCCUCUCUUCUGCUAUAGACGCUAUUAUCGAAGAGAAACGCGCGAUCCGUUCCGAACGAUGAUGGGCGUCACGCACACGUCCAACGUCGUCAGACUUUUCGAACACAAGGUGUUCGAUAAUCCCGUUCGAACGUAUUUCGAGUCACGUAGGCAACCUCGGGUUUCUAAUCGAAGAUUCACACGCGUGGUGUGCUCGCGCGUCCGAGCGUGUUCCUGUAGCAGUUUCUCAACGAACACUGCCUGUUAUAAUGUUAUUGAUAUAAAGAAAGAGAAAACGCAAAAAAAAAGAAAAAAAAAACACAAAACAAAAUAUAUAUAUAGAGAGGACACGAGCGUCGUAGGAAACCGCAGAUUUUUUGAAUCUCGUCGUGAAACCGUAGAUACUGUCGUUCGUUAGAAUACAUUAUACACCGUGUCUCCGACAAGAAGAAGAACAAAACGUUUCCUGUCCGCGUUCUGUUCACGAUCACGCGCGCGACCUGCCGAGCGGCGCCUACGGGGUUUCUUUCCUUUCGCGCGUCACGCGCGUCGCGAACAACAUACUUAACGAGAAUAGAAGCGGGACGCUGAUUCAAAUUCAGCGCCGGCUCUCGACUUCUCGAAGCAAACAGAGAGAGAGAGAGAGAGAGAGAGAGAGAGAGAAAAAGAAAGAAUGAGUGAGAGAGGAGAGAAAGAGAGAGAGGACAGGGACGCUACCAAAGUGUCUGUCGUCUUCGAAACUCGCGUUUAGUUGCUGCUGGCGUUUAGGCGGUGGCACGUUUCAGAUGAUGCAUUUUACAACGAUUCGCGGACAAAGAUACGGUUCUGCUCGUGAAUCAAGACCCCACCCCCUCGCCCCCCUCCAUAAAAAAUGGAACCGUAUUUCUCCUCGAUGACCCGACAUCUAUUUAUCUUUCUGCCUACUUUGUAUUUCGUUUGUUUCUUUUCCCGUUGUUUUUUUUUUCCUUUCUUUUUUUUUCUUUUUUUUUAACUUGUCAUGGACUAGGAGAGCACAGACUGACAAAACGAAUCAAAGCGUUAAUGCGUUGAACCGAUUCACUUUGGCCCAGCGACCGACUCGCUGGCCUCUCUUUUACUUUUUAAGCCUAGGUUACGGAAUGGUGGCGGUACGAGGAUCGCGAACGCGCCCGUAAACGCGAAUCGACGGAUCUUUGGGAGCUCGUUACGCGCACGGGACUUCGUGUCACUCCACGAUUGAGGUGACUGGCGCGUCGUCGACGAUACGACGUGGAAAUUCAUUCGCUACCCGACCCCCCCUCGCCAUGAGUGUGGAUACACGCGAUGCACAAAGGAAAGGUAUAAUGAAAAGGGAAACGUUUCACGAUACAGACACUCGGAGCCUCCUUUCUGUCGAAACGCAAUAUCACCACGACGCGAGGCUCGUUCGGAAAGCGUUAACGCGUAAAACUAAAUUCCAAAAGUGGCUAUACUUGACGACAGGAAAUAACAGUCGCUCGUGGUUAUUAUUCCUACUGAAAAUUUUUAAUCUUUACAUUGGAACUUACUAUAAAUGUACCCCAUGUUACAAAGCAGCUGGAAUCUAGUGCUAAAGUAACUGUACCAGUAGCUGACGAUUCAAUAAUAUUUCCUCGAAUCUGAAACUAGACAAUAUGUGAGAUUUUUGUUGAGGAAAGCGCGCAACACGUUACACUUAAAUUUCCUGUGUUAAAUUAUUUACUCUAAUAAUAUGAAUUACUAUGCUUAAUUUUACCAGGCGCGUGAUGUAUAAUCAAUCUUCUUACGCCAUUAGAGCAAUAUUGAAACCAUUGAAAAACAAACGGUCCAUUUUGGUGAAUAAUUGCAAUGCAGAAAAUAUUUCAGAAGUGAAAUUGAAAAUGUCACCUAUUGUUACAGAGUCAAUUAUUGGUACCUUUAUUUUAAUUAGCCAUGAUUUCAGCAUAUUUGUAUAAUAUGAACAACAAGUGGCUGAACGAUACAGUAGGGGUAAUGACCGUGGAGACGAUUAUUUCUUGUCCCGUUUAUAAUAAGAGUGAACUGCACGAUAUUGAGGUGAAUAAUUUGUCCCAUACACAAUAAUAUCUAUAUUCACCAGUAUUAAACAAAAUUUCAUGCGAAACAGUUAUAUUUGAAGCUUUGUAUUUUCUAUUUUAUUAUUUAUGCAACCCUCUAUUGCAUAGAUAAUUGCAUAAUGUGUUCUCGAUCCAGAAUUCAAAAAAGAACCACUGUUAAGUUUACUCAAGAAAUUUCAUAGAAUCUACGCAUAAUUUCUUUUUUGGAAAUUAGAGUAUGGAAAUUAAAAUAAAAUCCAUGGAAUGGCGGAUUAGUGAUACACUAGUGAUACACGGUGCAAAUACACGUUCAUUGUAUGCAAAUCGGUUCACCUAUCGUGCAGUCCUCUUGCAAGAGUUUGCAAUAAACAAGAAUUUUACGACACUCGAGAAAAAGAAAUACCAACUAAGAAUCUUCGACUGUGGGAAAGUUCUCAUGACAGAACGUUCGUUCGGGUUCGUGAUCAAUGUGCGAUUUAUUUUCACUGAAGUGAACCAUGUCGGCUAUACAUGCAGGGUGUCCCAUUUAUCACAAACACGUCUCUAAGAAUGACCCUGACAUUUGUUUAAAUUACAACGUGAAAGGUAGAAGUAUUUAAUAGCUCGAUAUUGUGCGUAUUAUAUUCUGGUAUUAUUACAACAGCAAUUCUAUUCAAAUGUUCACAAGUAUAAAGGUGUAUUCGUAGUGAGAGUUUUAAGGAUUAGAAAUGUAUUUUUUAUUUAACAAAAUUAUUUUAAUAAUCACACCUAGAGUCUUGAUUGUUAGGCCUCGAUUCAGUCAGCUUGCUAGGGUUUACAUUGUACAGGGUGUUCGUCCAACACUGGGAAAAAUUUUAAAGGAAGAUUCUAGAGGCCAAAAUAAGACGAAAAUCAAGAAUACUAAUUUGUUGAU